CUAAGAGCCCCUAGGAUGUUGAAUUUGGUAUACAGAUGAGCUACACAAGCUCAGUAAGAAAUUCAAGAGAGCAUCAUAUAUAUGCAUACUUAGCAAGAGGCUCAAAGCACUGUAGCAUCCUCUUCCUCUCCUACUUAUUCUGCUUCCUUGCUAAUUAAUGAAUUAGUUUUGGACAGCUCUGAUCUCAGCUGUUGCAACCUCAGUUUUCAGUCUCAUGUGAGUACGGUUCAUCUCCUAGUCCUAUUUAUGUAUACCUUCCAACUUGGAUUGAUAAGAGAUAAAGUUGAAUCAUUGGAGCUCAAAGAUGGGAGAAUGAUGUCGGACUUACAAGGAUUUGAGCAAUUGAUGAAAGAAGUAUGAGCUUAUAAUCAGAAUUAAGUACAAUGAUAUCAAAUUCAAGGGAAAAGGGUUUCCAAGCAAAGCAAGAGGGCCACAACAACACCAAUACUGAUGGAAACAGUAGUAGUUUCAACAAGGCAUCAUCAUCAAGUACUACUACUUCAAGGCAAUGGUCUGGAUUUAGAAAUCCAAGGAUUGUACGUGUCUCGCGCACCUUCGGAGGAAAAGAUAGGCACAGCAAGGUUUCCACGGUGAGGGGAUUGAGGGACAGGAGAAUUAGGCUCUCAGUACCAACAGCCAUUCAAUUAUAUGACCUUCAAGACAGGCUUGGGCUUAGCCAGCCUAGUAAGGUAAUAGACUGGCUGCUUGAUGUUACUGAAGAUGAUAUUGAUAAGCUCCCACCUCUCCAAGUUCCUCAUGGAUUUGGUCAUCAAUUUCAUCAGCAAAUGCUAAAUCCUCAUCAUUCUCAUGAUCAAGGUCACCAUUCUAACAAUUCUCUUGCUGCUGCUCCUUUCUUUGAUGUAAAUUCUUCAUUUAUGAAGGAGGCAGAUCAUCAAGCUCAUCAAGUAGUUCAUGACCAUCAAAGAAGUUCUACUACUAGUAAUGUGGGUGAUCAGAAAGGCAAGUCAAUCAAAACACCUGAUGAACAAGAUGACGAUGAUCAAAAUCAUCAUCAAGAUGGCAAUAUUGGGGGUGGACAACUCUUAGCUCAGAAGCUCUUUCCCCUAGGCAAUCAUCCUUCCUCCAUACCUGGCCUGCUAAACAAUGCCAUGGCAUACAAUUACUAUCAUAAUUAUUCAGAGCCUUCAAGUUUAUCUCUAUCUCAAUUUGGUGGCCAUGGAUUUGCACCAGUUCCCCAAAUAGAUCAUCAUAGCCAUAUGAUGAGCAAUACCUUAUCAUUUUCAACUUCAAUGCCAUCUGGAUCUCAAUUGUUCUUCUGUCCAUCUACGGCAACACCCUCCCUUUUCGGUCCAUAUCCUCCAUAUAUUACCAACCCGGUAGUGGAGAGUGGUACUACUACUAGUGAGCCAAGAUCACAAGCCAACCAUUUCCAAUUUUUGAGCUCAUCAAAUUCACCAAAUUUCCUACCAAAUGCUCUCAUGCCUUCUCUUCAGUCUUUGAAAUCCUAUCCAACAUCGGUCAAUCCCAAGCAGCUCCAUUCGAAUUCACAGGAUAACAAUGGAAGCCAACCAAACAAGGACCAUAAUUAAUACCAGCUCCUGAACGCUUGUAAGUUCAUAUUGUUUACAAUGGGAAUGGAGGCUAAUAUAUUGGUCUCACGAUCUUGAAACAUCUAUAUAUAUAUAUAUAUCAUGCAUCGAUUAAUUUUCACAACAGACGAGACAUGGAAAUCGAUGAACUGAGGCAUUAAUGGAGGGGUUGGCUCGAGGAGCUAAGUAUUUGAUUUCUUCAGCACACAGCACAAGCUAGCUAGCAAGACAUAAAGUUCAUCUGAUCAUUAUGUGGUGGUAUUUCCUGCAAGACUUUUCCUCAGUCUCUCUCUCUCUCUCUCUGCGCAAAAAGCGACAAGAGUUAAUAGUGAAAACUUCGUAAGUACGACAAUGUUAUAUGUAGACAUUUGCAUACUAGUGAUUGAUCAGAGUGCUUAUAAUUUUAUAUACUAUAUACCACUACCAUA